UCUAUUUUCUGUCUUUGUACAUUUUCUCUAGACUCUUUCUCUGUUUUUCUCUGUGACGGCGUGGAGGGGUUUGUCAGAACGACUGUAGUUAUAGAGAAAGUCACUUGUCUGUGGGAACAGAAUGGAGCACACCUUGUUCUGUUUGCUACUAUUGCUGAGUACACACAUCUACUCUGGACACUCUGAUGAUGACGAUGGACAGGCAAAGGCUGUUCUGACCAAACAACCCAAAUCCUCCCAGAUAUUCAGUGGAGAAUCUGUCACUCUCAGAUGUAACAUACAGAGGGGAGAAGUCACUGACUGGAAAUACACAUGGCGCAAGGAUGGUGUGGACUUCCUUAGUAGGAAGCAUAAAUAUGAGAUCAGUGAGGUAAAGAUUUCAGACAGUGCUGACUACAGGUGUCUGGGUACACAUGUUGAUCAGAAGAAGCAUUCUAAGUGGAGUGAUAUAGUCAGACUGACAGUGACAGCUCUUCCUGAAACUACACUGACCGUAUAUCCAAACCCUGUAUACACUGGAGAGACAGUAACUCUGACGUGUUCAGUCGGCAGUGGCUGGAGCUAUACAUGGUACAAAGACAACACUAAGAAAGUAGUGACCUUGUCUGGCAGACACACUACAACAGGAACCACCUUCACCAUCAGGAGAGCUGCUGAUUCUGAUCAGGGUUUUUACUGGUGUCAGGGAGAGAUCCAGUCCAGAUCCAUAUCAUCCAUCAUCAGUGAUCCUGUCACAAUCACUGUGAAAGCCCUGCCCAAAGCUACACUCAACAUAACACCAAACCCUGCAUAUACUGGAGAGACAGUAACUCUGACAUGUUCAGUGGGGUCUGACAGUGGCUGGAGCUACACAUGGUACAAAGACAACACUAAGAAAGUAGUGACCUUGUCUGGCAGACACUCGACAACAGGAACCACCUUCACCAUCAGUAGUGCUGCUGAGUCUGACCAGGGGCUCUACUGGUGUCAAGGAGAGAUCCAGUCCAGAUCCAUAUCAUCGAUCAUCAGUGAUCCUGUCACUAUCACUGUGAAAGAGAGACCUGCGGCUGUUCUGACCCUCCAACCCAACUGGCCCCAGAUUUUCAGUGGAGAGACUGUCACUCUCAGAUGUGACAUACAGGGGGGAGAAGAGAUUGAGUAUGCUUUUUAUAACAGUGGGAAGUUGGUCUCCACCAAAACAGAGCCCGAGUACAGAAUCCAUCCUACAAAGAAUGGUUUAUAUACCUGUGAAGGUCUUCAGAAAAGAAAUGGCUUAAAACACUCCCAGACAAGUAAUGCUCUACAAUUAACUGUGUUAGAUCAACCCCAAGCUGUCCUGAGUGUCUCUCCUCAGUGGCUGGACCCUGGAGACUCAGUUACUCUGAGCUGUUGGGUUAAAGAGUCAUCUACAGGCUGGAGGUUCUUCUGGUACCGAACUGUUCCCUACACAGCUAGGUUACUCUCCCUGUCAGAUAGGUCCUACUCUGUAGAGCCUCUAUCUGGCAAUGGGACUAGUGAAGACUCCUACACUCUGAUCCCUACUGGUCCUAGUCACACAGGAGGAUAUGUGUGUAGAGCUGGAAGAGGAGACCCAGUUUAUGACACACUCUACAGUAAACCUCAGUUUCUCUGGUCAGGAGAGCCGCAACCUUCAGUUUCUCUCAAAAUGAGACCUAACCGAAAUCAACACUUUACCCAAAAGUCUCUCUCACUAAGCUGUGAGGAGAAGGGGAACACUAUUGGAUGGAAACUGAAGAGAUACAGAGAGAAAGCAGUGGAUUCAGAGUGUGGCUCUAACUGGGGAUCAAUAGCAGGAUCCAAAUGUACCAUAAUGUUUACAUUCUCAUGGGACAGUGGAGUGUACUGGUGUGAGUCUGGAUCAGGAGAGUACAGUAAUGCUGUCAACAUCACAGUGGCUGCUGGCCCUCUGAUCCUGGAGAGCCCUGCCUAUCCCAUAACUGAGGGAGACUCUGUGACUCUGCGCUGUACAAAUAGAUAUCAGGAAACAAACCCAAUACCGAAGGUUGAUUUCUACAAAGAUGGAGUACUCAUCAGGAAUAAGACCACAGGAGAAAUGACCAUCCCUGUAGUAUCCAAGUCAGAUGAAGGCUCCUAUAAGUGUACAUUUAAUGAAAAAGAAUCACCAAAGAGCGUGGUGAGAGUGAGAGGCGUAACUCCUGGACCCUCUACAUCAGUCCUAGUAGGAGUGGUUGUGGGCCUGGUUGUUGCUGGUGUUCUACUGGCCAUUCUCCUGGUACUGCUGUGUCAAUAUAAAAAUGCCAAAGAUUCCUGUUGCAACAGGACAUUCUCGCUCCCCCAGCCCCAGAGCACCAACCAACAGGACCAAGAAUCUACCCAGGGACGGGCUCCUGAUCCUGGGUAUACACUUUUGCAGCAUGGUAUCUACGAUACAAUCACUCCCUCAGACAAUAAUGACAAUGAUGCUGGUGCUGCUACUGCUGGACCAAGUGAUGUGAUGUAUGCCCAGAUUCAACUCAAAGAGUUGGACAAGAAAAAUAAAAAAAUGCCAGCUGAUCCAAAAGAAAAUCCAGUCUAUUCUGAGGUCAAGACAGGGAAGGCCACAGACAGACACCCAGCAGCCCGGUCAUUGUCACUGCUCCUGAGAAACAGAAACAGGUUGCCACGGAGACCACAACUACCAGUGACAGUGAUAGAUAAGGACAUACAGCAAGAGGAAACAGUCAUACAACACCUGAAAGAGAUGUCUGGUGGUCCCUUCUCCUGCUUCUCCAAACAGGGAAUACUACUUCUCCUACUCUCCAACUUCCACUAUGGUGUGGGUGUUUCUUCAUACCUGUCAUUCCACAAGACAGUAGGGGACUCCGUGGAGAUCCCUGCAGGCUUAGAGGGGCAAAAUGUCACCAUAAUGCAGUGGAAGUACAGAGGAAAGGAUAUUGUAGAAUUCAACUCAGAAGUUGUGUAUUCACGAGGAUCCCAGUUUGAUGGGAGACUAGAGUUGAAUGUCAUUAACUUCAGUUUAACAAUUAGGAAACUGACUCUGCAAGACUCAGGGGAAUUUCUUGUUACUGCUGAAACAGACAAGCAGAUUCCCGCUAAGGCUGUCACUCUGCAGGUUCACGCUGGUGCUUUAAUCCUGGAGAGCCCUGCCUAUCCUAUAACUGAGGGAGACUCUGUGACUCUGCGCUGUGCAAAUAGUUAUCAGGAAACAAACCCGAACCCCAGGGUUGAUUUCUACAAAGAUGGAGUACUCAUCAGGAAUGAAACCACAGGAGAGAUGAACAUCCCUGCAGUGUCCAAGUCAGAUGAAGGCUUCUAUAAGUGUAAAUCUAAUGAAGGAGAAUCACCAGAGAGCUGGGUGACAGUGAGAGGUUCUGUUGUCUUCAUCUCUCUGCUGCCCAGGCUGCUGUGUGGUUUACUGGUGGUGUCUCCCUUUCUACUGGUGUCUAUUGUGCUGAUGAUAAAAUGUUGCAGGGCUCGAGGUGACCACUUUAUUUCAGUAUACUCCUUCUUUAUGUCAUGCUCUUAUAUCACUGCCUUGGCAGUAGCUAAUGGGAAUCCCUAAUAAGUACAAAUACAAGAA